AUGCUGAGUGAUCUGGAGAAGGACAAGAGCCCUUCGGAGAAGUCGGACGAGAAGCCCGACGAGCCUUCGAACGGAGGGACACCACCGCCCGAUGCGAAGGAGCCGACUCGUGCCUGGGCGCCACGCAAAGCCGCCCCGGCCUCGGGGUCCCUAUCAACGGAGGACGAUAGUUCGAGUGAGAAGGCCGCGACGCCUGCGCCCGAAGGUCCGGCGACAGUCGAUCGUCGACGGAACCCGUUGGCACCUCCGGCACGGGACGACGACGAGUCUUCGGGCCGGUCAGGUGGUGGUCCGAAGCCCGAGGCCCAGUCGAAGGGAACCGCUGCGUUGCCAUCGCGAUCGGAGUUUCCGACUGCCGAUGCGGCGAUGCGGCAGCGGCGGACGAGGAGGCAGCGGAAGUUCAUUGCGUUUACAAAGUCGCCAAGUCUGUUGCUUGCGACGCCUGUGCCGGACGCAGUUCGCACGGCAGACGACGACGACGACGAAUCGAAGCAGGCGGACAAGACGGGCUCGACAACGCAGGAGGAGGUGCCCGAGACGCCCUUGUCGAACUCGAAAGCAUCGGGUGCGACGUCGGAAUCGCAGCCGGGCGUGGUGUACCCGGCAGGAUCGAAGAUGGCCAAGUUGGCCGAGAAUAGAGUGCCGUCGACGGGAUCCGAAGAGGAAGAAAACGAAAAAGAGGAAGAAGAAGAGGAGGAGGAGGCCACUCCUCCUUCGUCUGGAUUGGCGUCGAACUCGUCUGCGAAGGGCGUUCUCCCCAAGUCGAGCAUCGAGGCACCUCGCGACGCGCCUCCGUCCGGAUCGUUGACGGACGAUGACCCGGUGCAAGAGUCACGGAGCGCUCUGGUCGAGUCGUCGCCUCCGUCGGCGGCAUCUCCGCCGUCGGCUUCGCCGGCUUCGUCGUCGUCGACCGCUGCAAUGGCCGACAAGGCAUCGGGUGACAAGAGCGUCACGUCCAACACGCUCGUGCUCGGCUUGAUGAUGGCAGGGGCCGUGGCCCUUGUCGUGCUCGUCGGCGUCUUUGUCUACAUCAAGUCGGCCAAGAACAAGGGCGAAGCGGACCCGGUGCUCUUCCCAGUUCAUCGACAGGACCCGAACUUGGGUGGACCCAUGGCGCGCUCCUUGUCGGCGACAGCGGACUACCACAAGGACAAGAACAUGACUCCAGCCGGCUACGGCGACGACGACUUUUUCGCGAGCAACGCGCUGCACGGGCAGCCAAAGUACGAUCCCGACCUCGACAUGUUCCCACCUCGUGCGUCAACAGCGCUCACGCAGUCGCAAAUGUCGUUGCCCCCGAUGGCUCAAACGGGUCAGAGCAUGGCGAGCAGUGAGUUCUCGCAGUACACGACGCAGUCGAACUUCUACGGAGAGAACAGCGCGUAUACUUCCGCUACGGCGUCGACAAUGGACAAGUACGCGAGCUAUCGUCCAGGCGAGCGCGAAGACGACAUGGCCGAGUACUCGGAAGGCGAGAGCGACUUUGGUGGCGAGUCGAUGAGUGACAUGGCCAGCACAAACAACGACUGGAACGCCGCCGUGCACGAGCGCGCGCCAGGCAGUAGAGUGGACCAUCAUCACAUGAUGGGGGCGUCGCAGUUUGACGCCUCGAACUCGCGCUCGACGUCUGCGAGUGCAUACACUGGCAAGACGCAGUUCAUGGAGUCCGAGUACACUGAGUACCGCAUGUCGAGGGACAAUGGCCACAGCCACGCACAGAGCAGCAAGGGGUACGACACGAGCUUUGCGCCGAGUGACGGCACGUACGACGGCCGAUAUGACGGCGGAAAGAGCUUUACGAGCAGCGGCUUCAGCGAGUACUAG